GUGAACAUCAGUCAUUUAUAGAAGAUUCCCCACUAGCCUGGGCCCUGCAGCUUUUAGUGAAUCAGCCUGGGAGGCAUUUAUACAGACACUGUCAGAACACGUAAAGAACAUGGAAGUGAAGGCAGCAUGAGGGGACGCGUUUAGCUUAAAAAGAAGAAGAAGAAGAAAGAUUAACACACAGGAAGUAGGAAGUGUGAUCUGCGAGAUCUCCCCUUUGUGUGUGUUUGGAUUCAUUUGUGUGUGUGUGUGUGUGUGUGUGUGUGUGCUCCGUUGGGGUGUAUGUGUGAAAUGAAAUGCUGACCUCUGGUUUAAGUUAAGGACAAUGUCUCUGAAACUACGACGCAACUGGGACUUCAGCACCUUCAAGGCUGAGACAGCUCGCAUAGCUCUCUUGUGGUGUUUGGCAGCGCGAUCCAGGAGUGUGACACCCGGAGAGGGAGGCCCCAGACCUGGCUCUCCGCACUCCCCCAGGUCCAUGGAGAGGACCCUGAAGGCCGGCUGGCUGAAGAAACAGCAGAGGUCUUUGGUGAAGAACUGGCAGCAGCGGUACUUUGUGCUGAGAGGAAGCACGCUGACCUACCACAAAGAUGACAAGGAGACCACUGUGCAGGGAGUCAUCCAGCUGCGCUUCAGUAAAGUUAAUGAACUCCCUGCUAACCCUGACGACCCCGGGAAGUACAUCUUUGAAAUCAUCCCACGAACAUCUGGAGACAGAGAGCGAUGCCCCUAUGUGUUCAUGGCUAACUCCCAGAGUGACAUGGAGGAGUGGGUCCGCACCCUGCGCAGGGCAAUCGGAGUACCAACAAGUGGAGUGUUUGGAAAGAGCCUCACGGACAUCGUAACAUACGAGCAGCGGUUUGGUCCUCACAUGGUGCCGAUCCUGGUGCAGAAGUGUGUGGAGUACAUCAAAGAACAUGGCCUGAACGAGGAGGGCAUCUUCCGACUGCCGGGUCAGGACAACGCUGUCAAACAGUUCAGAGACGCCUUCGAUGCUGGAGAGAGGCCCUCCUUCCCCAGCGACACGGAUGUCCACACGGUGGCAUCUCUGCUCAAGCUGUACCUGCGAGAGCUUCCUGAGCCCGUGGUGCCCUGGACUCAGUACCAAGACUUCCUAGACUGCACCGUCCUGCUGGACUCUAGCAGCUCGGAGGGUUGGGACAAGUUGGAGAAACAAAUUGCCCUUCUUCCCAGAACUAACUACAACCUUCUCAGUUAUGUCUGUCGGUUUCUGUUCGAGGUGCAGCAGCACGCCAGUGUGAACAAAAUGAACGUGGAGAACUUGGCCACAGUGAUGGGCAUCAACCUGCUCAAACCUCAGAUAGAAGACCCCAUCACUGUGAUGAAGGCGACUCCUCAGAUUCAGAAGCUGAUGACGGUGAUGAUCAGACAGCACGAGGCUCUGUUUCCUCUCUCAAAAGACGUUCUUCCAUCCCCGCCUUCAAAGAAGGCUGAGAGCCAGAAGAACACACCCCGAAGCUUCGUGGGCUGGGAGUCAGCAGAGAUGGGUGAUGCUUCUCUGUCUGAGUCUCCUGAGGAGGAGGAGGACAUCGACAGUCCGGGUCCCAGCAGAGACUCUUUCAACCCUGUGGUCCAUCAGCAGGACACACGCUACCCACCGCCAGACGGCUGGUCAGGAAGCCCCCGCAAACGCACACAGACCCUGCCAGCCUUCAACUGCCCACUCACGGGGAUGGCAGCCAAGGCGGACGCCCUGAACCGUUGGAGCCAAAUCCAGGAGAGCGUGGAGGAGAAGAGCGGGACGCUGUCAGAGGACAUUUUUAAGAUCCUGGAACUCCGGAGUUCAGGGUCUUUGUUUGGAGGGGGAGAGGAGAGGUUAGUGGCCCAAAGUGGAAGUGACAACACAAGUUCUACUUCUACUGGCUCCCAAAAACCUGACAGUGACCCGCAGCCUACCCAGGGGGUGUCCCAACAGCAGAGCAUAGGGAACCUGACAGUCAACAGCAAGACGGAGCAGAAGAUAGACAGCCAGCAGCUUGUAGAAAGGUGAGGAAUGACACACCAGAGAGGCCCUUACCAUUAAAAACACAUGUCUGCAGCAGGAGAACAAGGAGCUGAAGGCCACGAUGGCAGAGCUCCAGUCUGCCCUGGAGGCAGACCGCCGCCAAGUGGCCGCCCUGGAGAUCUGCCUGAGAAAUGCUGAGCGAAGCCGAGACGAGGCCCAGAAACGCAACAAGGAGCUACAACGAGACAUUCAGCAGUGCAUUCCCAAAAAACCACAAGACCCUACCUAACAUUUAUUUUACGACUUACUAAAAUAAGGAUUUAUGACUCUGGCAACAGGGCUAAUUUUGUAUGAACUGGUUAUGGGAAAUGAUAUUUUCCUCCACUGGAUUGUUUCCAUUUGAGCUCGGUUUAAGAUAAAUUAUUGGCUCAUUUGUUUGUGCCUGUGAGGACAGUUUCAAUCUGAAUAGGCUAUAAUAUCACUAUUUACAAAAACGACUUUACUGCUACUGCUGGUUUGUCCUCGAAAAUGAAAGGCUGGACAUCAGCAUAGACUGAACACUUUGAUCAAGAGGUCAAGUUGGCGGAUAUAAUGGUGAACAGAGUGUGUCACAUAAGUGAAAAAUCCAUUUGUUUCAGUCGUAAAUUAAUAAAACACACAUUUACA